UCGCAACAUGUAAAACCUUACAUAAUAAUACAAUUGUUCUCCAGCCGCGGUGUCGCACGGACACGAGUCCUCUCUGCGUGUACGCGAUUAAGUCUGACAUUUGCUCAAAAGCAGGCAACCCGGAGAUAGGGAGAUUAGAUCUCUCUCUCUCUCUCUCUCUCUCUCUCUCUCUCUCUCUCUCUCUCUCUCUCUCUCUCUCUCUCUCUCUCUCUCUCUCUCUCUCUCUCUCUCUCUCUCUCUCUCUCUCUCUCUCUCUCUCUCUCUCUCUCUCUCUCUCUCUCUCUCUCUCUCUCUCUCUCUCUCUCUCUCACACACACUAUCACACUCCCCUCUUCUCUCUCUCACACACACACAAACACAUUCUGUCUUUUCUUUCUUUCUCCCCUACCAUCCCUUUUCUCUCUCUCUCUCCUCUCUUUUCCUCUCUAUGCUGGGAAUCCAAACGAGUGUGAGUUGCGUUUAUAAGACAACUAUUGUUCCGUCGGAGCAACUUCCCUCUCCUCUUCCCUCCGAUUCCACCGUCUGCUUGUCCUAGCAGUGCGCCUGGACCCGGGGAGUAGCGAGGCGCGUCGGCGCGCGCGGAGCGCAGAGCGCUAUCGGAACAUGGGUCAGAGGAGUCGUCGCUCCAGUUUACUUUCCGCUCCUCCGCGCUACGGUUUACCGGGAGCGCAGACGCUGUGGUGAACGUGAACGUGCGUGCGCCUCUCCUCGUUCGAUGUGCUUCUGAGAGCCAAUAUCGAUACGGGGGAAAGUUUUGGCAAGCAGAGGUACGGGGGGAAUGGGGACCCUAACUUUUCUGCUGUCGAGCCUCGCCCUGGUCGUGUUCGCUGGAAACAUCUUCACCAGGGCCAUGCUGAAUGACAUUGGGGACUAUGUAGGUUCAGGCAUUGAAAUAUCCUGGUUGCCUAACCUGGAUGAAUUAAUGAAGGGCUAUGCGAGAAAUUUUCGCCCUGGGAUAGGAGGCCCACCGGUGAAUGUGGCCAUGGCUAUUGAGGUGGCCAGCAUUGACCACAUCUCAGAGGCCAACAUGGACUACACCAUGACGGUGUUCCUGCGGCAGAGCUGGCGGGACGACCGGCUGGCCUACAACCACACCAACAAGACGCUGGGGCUGGACAGCCGCUUCGUGGACAAGCUGUGGCUCCCCGACACCUUCAUCGUCAACGCCAAGUCGGCCUGGUUCCACGACGUCACCGUGGAGAACAAGCUGAUCCGCCUGCAGCCUGAUGGGGUCAUCCUCUACAGUAGCCGCAUUACGUCGACGGUGGCCUGUGACAUGGACCUGACCAAGUACCCCAUGGACGAACAGGAGUGCAUGCUGGACCUCGAGAGCUACGGCUACUCCUCAGAGGACAUCGUCUACCACUGGUCAGAGAGCCAGAGACACAUCCACGGCCUGGACAAACUGGAAUUGUCCCAGUUCACCAUCACGGACUACCGCUUUGUCACAGAAAUGCUUAACUUCAAAUCCGCGGGGCGAUUUCCACGGCUCAGCCUUCGCUUUGAACUCAGACGUAACCGAGGCGUCUAUAUUAUCCAGUCGUACAUGCCGUCUAUACUGUUGGUGGCUAUGUCCUGGGUCUCCUUCUGGAUCAGCCAGACAGCUGUCCCUGCGAGGGUGUCGCUAGGGAUCACCACGGUGCUCACCAUGACAACGCUGAUGGUGAGCGCACGCUCCUCGCUGCCACGGGCGUCGGCCAUCAAGGCGCUGGACGUGUACUUCUGGAUCUGCUACGUGUUUGUGUUCGCCGCACUCAUCGAGUACGCCUUCGCGCACUACAACGCCGACUACAGACUCAAGGAGAAGGCCAAGAGCAAGGCCAACAAGCUGGGCUCGGAGUCCAUCGUGAAGAAUGGCAAGCAGGCCAUGGUCCUGUUCUCCCUGUCCGUCACCGGCAUGAACCAGGGGGUCCUGAUCUCCAACCGCCACGGCCGCAGCCAGCGCCCGGGCACCGACAGCCCCAUGGAGGGCGGCGGGGGCGGGGGCGGGGCCGGGGAGGACGCCGAGCCCCAGAGGAGGAGGCGGUCCCGGCAGCCGGAGGAGUGCGAGGAGGACAAUAAGUGCUGCGGCAAGUGCGUCUGCAAGCCCAUCGACGCGGACACCAUCGACAUCUACGCCCGCGCCGUCUUCCCCUUCACCUUCGCCGUGGUCAACGUGAUCUACUGGGUGGCCUACACCAUGUGAGGCGGCGAGAGAGAGAGAGAGAGGGGGAGAGAGGGAGAGAGACGCUCCGUGGUGGUCUCUCUGUCAGUGGCUGCACACAGAAGGAGGGAUGGAGGGAGGGAGAGAGAGAGAGAGAGAGAGAGGGGGAGAGAGGGAGAGAGAUGCUCCGUGGUGGUCUCUCUUGUCAGUGGCUGCACAUCGAGGGAGGGAGGGAUGGAGGGAGGGAGGGAGAGAGAGAGAGGGAGCAGUGGAAGGGGGGAGGCUGCGUAGAUACAAGGACAGAGGUCCAGGCCUCGGGAGGAAGCGGACAGACAGCGAGACUGGUUCCCACCUCUGAUCAACCACACUUUGUUAGGUCAGACGCACUCCAACACUGAAACACACGAUGGAUGAUAUUGAGCAUUAGACACAGGGCAGUAGGGUGCCAUGGGUUCGGGUGGGGUGGUCCUGCCCAGCCCAGCCCCCCUGGUGGGUACUCCGACCUAAUGGGCUCCAGACCUACUGAACUUCGACUGUCUAGACUUCUCCUGCAAGUCAUCGUUGUGUUCCUUAGCUACGACACGCACGGCAACCGCGGCCAACCGGCCUGACUCUUAACUGCUGCACGCCACUCAGGUGGCACCCACCGCUACAUCGAACGCUACUAACCGAACAACACGGACUCUGGGAGAGACACACUCUGCUUCAGCUCCUCAUAAAUAUGCACAUGUAUACACCACAUAUAUGCAAGAUCGGUGUGUGUAUUUGUGAUACACGCACACCAACCCAGUGACGAGUCACACAACUUUUUUCAAAGCUUCGUUAGACUCCAGUUUGGCUCAACUUACUUUCAAUAGUGGCUUUCAGAACCGUCAUGGCCGCCGGCCCCAUCCUCACGUCCCUGGGCCUCACGCACACUUCUCUAGUCGUCCUUCAAAAAUAAAAGUGGCACAAUGAGGUUACAACUCUGCAUGCCUGUGCCCCCUCCUCGCCCCCCCCGCCACCCCCCAGCCCUAUCAUUCUUUAAUCUAUCUCAUUUUUACAGUUUUUCAGUUCUUCGUUUUGGAUGCAGAACAGUGUCUUCCCUUGGCCAGUUCUGCCUGUUUGCUGACCAUUAAAAUACUUCUACCACUACCUUGUGUGUGUGUGUGUGUGUUUCUCGCUCUCUUUCUCUCUCACUCUCUCUCUCU